GUGAGCAGCAGCAGCAGCAGCAGCAGGAGGAUCAAUGGUUCAUUCCUCUCUCAGGCUCCGGUUAGUUUGGCGUCAUUUUAUUAACAGUCGAAUGGGAGAGAUGUCCUCCAAAGCGCAGAUGCCAACCCCAGAAACAGCGCUUCCUGGCCGGACUGACAGCCUCAAAGUGUCCGCCAAACACGAUGUGAACGGAAACAAGACGGUUCCACCUUUCCCUGAAGGAACCCAGAUGGUGAUGUUUGGGAUGGGCUGUUUCUGGGGAGCAGAGCGGAAGCUUUGGAGACAGAAAGGUGUUUAUUCCACCCAGGUGGGCUACUCUGGAGGCUACACCCCUAACCCCACCUACAACGAAGUGUGCACAGGUGGAGUGAAUCAUUUCCCCUCAGGUCCUGUUAUACUGGAACAUGGAUGA